AUGAGGGAUUUCGUUGUGCUAAGAAUGAACUCUGACCGUUUUCAAAAGGACUGCUUCAAAGUAGGAAAUGUUUUCACCUUCAAGGACGUUCGUGAUAUGGCAAAGUCAGAAGAGUCGGCAGACAAACAGCUUCAGCUAAUGAAUACCCAAGUAUACUCGAUCAAUGUUCCUAAAGGAUAUCAACGGCAAGGAAACCAGCGACCAACUACUUAUACUGGCUCAAGUAGACCGAAAGCCCGCAAAAAGAGUGGCUGGGGUCCCCACCCUCGAGAGCAGUGCCCAGCGGAGAAUGCUACAUGUCACUACUUCCAGAAAGUAGGAAACUUAGCAAAGGUAUGUCUGUCAACGCAAAAGAAGAGAAAUGUGCAUGAAAUCGAAGCGACCAGGGCUGGCCCAAGUGAAUCAGUACCAGACUCUAGCCAGUCAUCCUGUGAUGACAUGUUUUUGGCCCCAAUUAGUGCAACACCCUUGACCAGUAAUUAG